GUCAGUUUUCUUAUAUUUUUUAUUGUGGCGAAAAGAAUUUUUAUAAAGCAAAUUAAUUAUAAUAUAAUACUAAAAUGAAAUUAACAGCCACUUUAUUCGUUUCACUAUGUGCAUUAAUUAGUUAUGUGAAUUGUGUCAUGUUCCAUUUGACGCCAAACACGCAAAAAUGUCUCAAAGAAGAUAUACAGGCCAACCAAUUAGUAAUGGGCGAAUAUGAGGUUUCUGAUGUACCCGGCCAAGUGAUAGAUUAUAUUGCUCGCGAUACUAAGGGUCACAUUUUGUCACAAAAGGAACACAUAACAAAGGGAAAAUUCAGUUUCAUGUCUGAAGUUUACGAUACUUACGAAAUUUGCUUUAUAUCAAAGGUACCACCACAUCAACGAGGAAUUGCUCAAGAGGUUUCACUUGUUACCAAAAAAGGUGUUGAAACAAAGAGCUAUGAGGGUAUUGCUGAAGCCUCAAAAAUUAAGCCCUUGGAAGUUGACUUGAAACGUUUAGAAGAUUUGUCAGAUUCUAUAGUAAGAGAUUUUGCUUUAAUGCGUAAACGCGAAGAGGAAAUGAGAGAUACUAAUGAAAAAACAAACAGCCGUGUUCUGUUCUUCAGCAUCUUUAGUAUGUGUUGUCUUUUAGGAUUGGCAACAUGGCAAGUUCUCUACUUACGCAGAUAUUUCAAAGCCAAAAAACUCAUUGAAUAGGUUAUUAUUGCAUAUUCCGUUCCAAGUGGAUCGUAUAAUAUUUAGCCAGACAAGGAAGAAACUCUGGUCAAUUAAUGGUCACGUUUAUUAUAAAUUUCAUUUAAAAUAGUACUCACUAUUCUCGUCUAACCAUUUAAACUAAAUAAAUGUUUCUUAACUGUA